AGGCGGCCUGGGAGUGGGCGCGGGCUCCUUGGAUCCCGAAGGCGAGCGGCGGAGGCCGCUAGCUCUGGGCGCUGAUGCCGCUACCCGAGAGGGGGCGGGGCGCGCUCGGGUCCUGGGAGGUGGCGCCUUUUGUCUGCCUUCUCCAGCCACUCCGCGCCUCCUUUCUCUCCCUCCUGCGACCUUGCCCCCGAUGCCCCUCCUGUUAACGCUUCCUCCGGGGCCCUCUGGCGCGCGCUCCCGCCCUUGUUUUGUUUGGACGGAGGGAGGAGGGGGAGUGCUUCCCUGGUCUAGGGCCUUGCGUCCCAGCGCGCCUGCGCCAGCGUCCGCCACCGCGCUCCGAUUGGCUGAGUGCUUGCGCAUGCUCCGAGGCCAGUGGGCCCGGCAGUCCGCCGCGGCCCUCCCCCUCACCCCCUCAGCCGUUUUCCGCGCGGGUUCGAAAGAUGCCGGCGGCAGUGACUGGCUGCAGCGGGCCCGCCCCCCGGGUUCUUCGCUUCUGCCGCCGCCAUUACGGAGCUCCCAGUGGCGAAAAAUUGGGCACACUUUCCUGAGAGUAUUCCGUCAGCUGACUCCAAGCAACACCCUACAAAAAGGUGGUGUGAAAUGCUAUAAAGAAACCUGAAGAAGAAUAAGAGGGAUGGGAGACCUUUCUGAGGGGGAGUAACAUUGAGCAGAAACCUGAUUGAAGCAUCUAGGAAAAGAGUGUUCCAGUUUAAGAGAACAGCGAGUGCAAAUAUUGAUACAAGGAUGAGCGGAGAACAGUUCAAGGGCCAAAGAAGGUGACGGUCUAAAUUUGCUUCUCUGGGUCUGGAGGCUUUUAGAAUGUUAUGUUCUUCAGCAGCAUUUGUGCCCCUUGUUGACUUUUCACCACACUGAAACCAUUAGGAAAAAUCCUUGUGGUUAACAGCAGAGGCUUCAGAGUGUAACCUGUACUUGGGCCUAGAAAUUAUUUUAAAUGGCGACUGAUACGUCUCAAGGUGAACUCGUCCAUCCUAAGACACUCCCACUUAUAGUAGGAUCUCAGCUGAUCCACGUGGACAAGUUAGGUGAGAAGGUAGACGAUAGCGCCAUGCCGAUUCGACGAGCUGUGAAUUCUACCCGGGAAACUCCUCCCAGAACUCCCAAAAGCAAGCUUGCUGAAGGGAAGAAAGGAAAGCCAGAACCAGACAUAAGUUCAGAGGAAUCUGUCUCCACUGUAGAAGAACAAGAGAAUGAAACUCCACCUGCCACAUCUAGUGAGACGGAACAGCCAAAGGGGGAACCUGGGAAUGAAGAGAAGGAAGAAAACAAACCUUCUGAGGAAACCAAAAAAGAUGAGAAAGACCAGUCUAAAGAAAAGGAGAAGAAAGUGAAAAAAACGAUACCUUCCUGGGCUACCCUUUCUGCCAGCCAACUAGCCAGGGCCCAGAAACAAACACCGAUGGCUUCCUCCCCACGUCCCAAAAUGGAUGCAAUCCUAACUGAGGCCAUUAAGGCGUGCUUCCAGAAGAGUGGUGCAUCAGUUGUUGCUAUUCGAAAAUAUAUCAUCCAUAAGUACCCUUCACUGGAGCUGGAGAGAAGGGGCUACCUCCUUAAACAAGCACUGAAAAGAGAAUUAAAUAGAGGUGUCAUCAAACAGGUAAAAGGAAAAGGUGCUUCUGGGAGUUUUGUGGUGGUCCAGAAAUCAAGAAAAAUCCCUCAGAAAUCAAGAAACAGAAAGAACAGGAGCUCUGCAGUGGAUUCAGAACCACAAGUAAAAUUGGAGGAUAUCCUUCCACUGGCCUUUACACGCCUUUGUGAACCUAAAGAAGCUUCCUACAGUCUCAUCAGAAAAUAUGUGUCUCAGUAUUACCCUAAACUUCGAGUGGACAUCAGGCCUCAGCUGUUGAAGAAUGCUCUGCAAAGAGCAGUAGAGAGAGGCCAGUUAGAACAAAUAACUGGCAAAGGAGCUUCUGGAACAUUCCAGCUGAAGAAAUCAGGGGAGAAACCCCUGCUUGGUGGAAGCCUGAUGGAAUAUGCAAUCUUGUCUGCCAUUGCUGCCAUGAAUGAGCCGAAGACCUGCUCCACCACUGCUCUGAAGAAGUAUGUCCUGGAGAACCACCCAGGGACCAAUUCUAACUAUCAAAUGCAUUUGCUGAAGAAAACCCUGCAGAAAUGCGAAAAGAAUGGGUGGAUGGAACAGAUCUCUGGUAAAGGAUUCAGUGGUACCUUCCAGCUUUGUUUUCCCUAUUACCCCAGCCCAGGAGUUUUAUUUCCAAAGAAAGAGUCAGAUGAUUCUAAUGAUGAGGAUGAAGAUGAAGAUGACUCAUCAGAAGAAGACUCUGAGGACGAAGAGCCUCCCCCUAAGAGAAGGUGCGCAUGUGUGACAAAUCCUGACUUGUAGUAGCAAUGGCAGUAA